GAGGUUUCGGUACUCGAAGAGCUAACACACUCAGAAGCAGCAAAGCUAACAACAUCAGCAAUCCAACCACUGCAUCUUCCUCCUCUUUUCUUUGGACUUGGACGUGGGCUCAUCAUGCUCUUGGUGUAAUUCAUGAAUAAUUGAGAUUGUUAGCUUAUGAAUUAUUGAUAAUAUAAUAACUAUGGUUUCAAGGUUUGGAGUUAGCCACUGACCGGAUAGCAGUAGCACCCUUUUUUUCCUAUUUCAUUACGACUUUUUCGCGCCGCAUGCAUACACGAGACCCAUCAUCCUGUCUGACCCUCUUUGACCUUAUUUAUCCCCUCCUCUGUUCUCUCAUUAACUCCCUCCCUCCCUCUCUCUCUCUCUCUCUCUCUCCUCCGCUGGGUGGUCAUCAACGGCGGUUCAUUAACAGCUUAGCAGUGGCAGGCCUGCGUGUGGGAUUUCAAGGCAAAAGGGUCUUUAAAGACCCUGCAAGUACACCCAACUCUUUCCAGUUCCAACGCUUGCAGACACGUGAAUCCAUGCACCCCUUCCCAUCCCCUUCCACCACCUCCAACGACCACCAGUCGCAGCAGGAGCGCUUAAGUCGGCCAUAACCAUCGUGGGGGACGCGCGUGUGGUGUUCCAUGCUUUGCUAGACGUGCGUUGUGCUGAGCGAAAGCAAUGGCGAUAUGGGUAAUGCCUCGCAGAGCUCUUGAUAAUUUGGUUGCUGCGAUCCUCGUGCUUCUGGUGUUGUUCUGCGCGGUGGGACGUGGUGAGACGACCCUGAGAAUACUUCUGGAGGCCAAGGCUUCGUUCGUGGAAGAAGACCCGACGGUGCUGUCCGACUGGUCUCCGAGCAACCCGAAUUUCUGUACGUGGACUGGCGUGUCUUGUGAUCAGCUUCGACAACAACGGGUGGUGGCCCUCAACCUGUCGGCGUCCUCGCUGUCGGGGUCGAUACCGCCGUCCCUGGGCCGCCUGCGAAACCUGCUCCACCUCGACCUCUCCUCCAACAGCCUGACGGGACCGAUCCCACCUGCUCUCUCCAACCUCUCCUCCCUUGAAUCCCUCCUCCUCUUCUCCAACCAACUCUCCGGGGCCAUCCCUCCUCAGCUCGGCUCCCUCUCCUCCCUCCGCGUCCUCCGCCUCGGCGACAACCCUGCCCUCACCGGCCGCAUCCCUCCGUCCUUCGGCGGCCUCACGAGCCUCACUACUCUCGGCUUGGCCUCCUGCAGCCUCAUCGGCCCCAUCCCACCUCAGCUCGGACAGCUCCCACUGCUCCAGAACCUCAUCCUGCAGCAGAACCAGCUCACCGGCCCCAUCCCGUCCGAGCUGGGCAACUGCUCCAGCCUCACGCUAUUCGCCGCCGCGCAAAAUGGCCUCAACGGAUCCAUCCCGAGGGAAUUGGGCCGGCUUGGGAAUCUUGGGCUGCUGAACCUUGCGAACAACAGCCUGUCCGGGGAGAUUGAUGAGAUGAUUGGCGAGAUGACCGAGGUGCACUACUUGAACUUGCUGGGGAAUCAGCUGGAGGGUCCCAUCCCAAGAUCCCUGGCCCGCAUGCACAAGCUCCAGAAUCUGGAUUUGUCGUCGAACCGGCUCACCGGCGGCAUCCCGGCGGAGUUGGGGAGCUUGGGGGAGCUGGUUUACCUGGUUCUCUCCAACAACAACCUCUCCGGCGCCAUUCCCACCGCCUUGUGCUCCAACGCCACUCAUCUGGAGUACCUGAUCCUGGCUCAGGCCCAGCUCUCUGGUCCCAUUCCCCCGCAAUUGAGCAACUGCCGCGCUCUGAAGCAGCUCGACCUUUCCAACAACACACUCACCGGUGCCAUCCCCGUCGAGCUAUAUGAGUUGGUCCCCUUGACAGAUCUCUAUCUCCACAACAACAGCUUGGUGGGCUCCAUUUCUCCAUCCAUAGCAAAUCUCAGCAGCCUGCAGGCCCUGGCUCUGUACCACAACGAUCUGGAGGGGAGCCUGCCACGCGAGAUUGGGAUGCUUGGCGAGCUCCAGUUGCUGUAUCUCUACAACAACCGCUUGAGCGGGGAGAUCCCCAUGGAGAUAGGCAACUGCUCGUGCUUGCAAAUGAUCGAUUUCUUCGGAAAUCACUUCAGUGGGAGGAUACCUGACAGCAUUGGGAGGCUAGAUCAGCUUAAUCUCCUUCACUUGAGGCAGAAUGAGCUCGUAGGAGAAAUUCCCGCAGCUUUAGGCAACUGCCACCAACUAACCAUUCUGGACUUGGCAGACAAUGCUCUGUCUGGCGGUAUUCCCCCAACACUGGGGAGUCUCCUGGCAUUGGAGCAGCUCAUGCUCUAUAACAAUUCUCUCGCCGGUAAUCUUCCCGACUCUCUCAUCAAUCUAAGGAACCUGACCAGGGUCAACCUUUCCAACAAUAGAUUCAAUGGCAGCGUCUCUGCCUUGUGUAGCUCGCACUCUUUCCUUUCUUUCGAUGUCACGGAUAAUUCGUUUGAGCACGAAAUACCUCCCCAACUGGGUGAUUCGCCUUUCCUGGAAAGAGUCAGAUUAGGUAACAAUCGAUACAACGGGAGUAUCCCGUGGACGUUGGGGAAGAUCCGUGGGCUCUUGUUGCUUGACCUAUCAGGAAAUUUGCUCACCGGAACGGUUCCUGUUCAGCUCUCCUUGUGCAAGAAAUUGACCCACCUUGAUCUAAACAAUAACCUUCUCUCCGGGCCAGUCCCGUCGUGGCUUGGGAGCUUGCCUCAGUUGGGCGAACUUAAGCUUUCGAGGAACAGCUUCACUGGCCCCGUUCCUCCACAGCUAUCUGAAUGUUCCAAGCUGUUGGUGCUAUCUCUUGACGGAAACUCACUGAAUGGCACUCUCCCUGCCGAAAUUGGUGAUCUUGCCUCACUCAAUGUCCUCAACCUCGACCGCAACCAACUCUCUGGGCCUAUCCCUUCAUCCAUAGGGGAGUUAGGCAAGCUUUAUGAGCUUCGACUCUCGGAAAACAACUUCACUGGUGAAAUUCCCGUAGAACUUGGACACCUCCAGAAUCUCCAAAGCAUCCUUGAUCUGAGCCAUAACAAUCUCAGUGGCCAAAUCCCACCCUCUAUAGCCACGCUGUCAAAACUCGAGGCACUCGAUCUAUCUCACAAUCAGCUGUUUGGAGAAAUUCCUUUGGAAGUUGGCGAAAUGAGCAGCUUGGGCAAGCUUGACCUCUCUUACAACAAGCUUCAGGGCAAACUCGGGGAGCACUUUUCACGGUGGCCAGCUCAGACAUUCCAAGGGAACCUGCAUCUUUGCGGGAGUCCUCUUGUCCCAUGCAACAGCUUCAUAUCUGGCAACCAGCGUCAGUCAGGUCUGAGUGGAUCCACAGUCAUGAUCAUCUCAGCAGUGUCGACCUCGGCAGCUGUUGCCCUUCUGGUUGUUGGUAUUGCCCUGUUCUUGAAGCACAGGAAAGAGGAGCUCAAAAGCUUCAACGAAGUGAACUGCAUGUCCUCUACCAGUUCUUCCCAGGCGAAUCGGAGAUUACUCUUCCACCAGGGUGCUGCCAAGCAAGACUAUAGAUGGGAAGAUAUUAUGGAAGCCACCAACAACCUUAGUGAUGAGUUCAUGAUUGGUUCGGGGGGAUCCGGUAAAAUCUACAGGGCUGAGAUGCCUACCGGGGAAACGGUGGCAGUUAAGAAGAUAUUGUGGAGGGAAGAUCUCCUAUCGAAUAGGAGCUUCGUCAGCGAAAUCAAGACGCUGGGCAGGGUAAGGCACAGGCACCUAGUGAAACUGAUGGGCUACUGCAGCAACAAAGCAGCAGGUUCCAAUCUGUUAAUUUAUGAGUACAUGGAGAAUGGAAGUCUAUGGGAUUGGUUGCACCAGAAGCCAUCGAAUUGUAAGAAGCAGAGGAGCCUCGAUUGGGAAGCAAGGUUACGCAUAGCACUGGGUUUAGCUCAAGGCGUGGAGUACCUGCAUCAUGACUGUGCUCCGAAGAUCGUUCACAGGGAUAUCAAAUCUAGCAAUUUGUUGCUGGACUCUAACAUGGAGGCACACCUAGGUGAUUUUGGGCUCGCGAAAUCCCUUGUGGAGAAUUCCGAAUCCCUAGACACCGAGUCCAAUUCGCGGUUCGCGGGGUCGUAUGGCUACAUUGCUCCAGAGUAUGCAUACUCCAUGAAGGCAACUGAGAAAAGUGAUGUUUACAGCAUGGGAAUUGUGCUGAUGGAGCUCGUGAGCGGGAAAAUGCCAACGGAUGAAUCGUUCGGUUUAGACGUGGACAUGGUCAGAUGGGUGGAGACACAUAUUGAGAUGCAAGGUUCGGCUCAGGAAGAGUUGAUAGACCCCGCAUUGAGGCCGCUCUUAGCCAGGGAAGAGAAUGCAGCUUUUCAAGUUCUCGAAAUUGCACUCCAGUGCACGAAAACUGCCCCACAAGAGAGGCCAUCAUCCAGGCAGGCGUGCGAUCUCCUUUUCCACAUAUUCAACAACAGGAUGACGGAUUUGGAGAAGACAAGUCUCAAUCCCUACACGUAAAUUAAGCCUCUUCUAAAUGAUUGAUGAAGGUUGUGGAUCGUGUAGCCGUAAGAACUUCUUGGAGUUAGAUUUUUCUUGUUGACAAA